AUGAUCACUUUUCCCUACGUUUUUUGUCUUUUUCUUUUGACCUACCCGCGCACCUUCUCUCAGCAAAGCCCUACUGCAUGUAAAAUCCACGGUAGCAGCCUAAAAGGGGUCUGCCGCGACAUCGGGAAACACAGACAAGAGGAUAGAAUCCGGGAAACCCUUUUUUAUCCCUGCAGUAUGGGAAGGAUUUCACACACACACACACACACACAUCCGAAGCCCUCCAAUGCUGUGCGAAAUGAUCCACCGUACGCCACCUUUCCUACUGAGGGGCACGGCUCCUUCUUCCUGUUCAUUAGACUGAAAACAUUCAGAAGCAUCGCCACCGAAACAACCGGGAGACGACACGUAAAAGUCGGGCCACUCACUCGAGUGAGGAAAAAGUUGUGGGAAGGGGCUCGGCACACUCCCGUUGCAAAACUUUAA